AUGGAUGCUUUGGAGGCGCCACCGGUCCAGUUGAUUCGCUGCCCCUCCUGCGCUCAGAAACUCUGCGACAAACUCCCUGGGUACCGCACGUUGUUUCGCUGCCAAGACUGUCCACUUGGCUGUCUCAAGUGCAUCGACUGUGUACUAUCGAGCCACGGUGAACGUCCUUUCGACCGCAUACUAAUGUGGGACGCGACAAAGCAGUUCUGGCAGCGCAUUACCCUUCCUCAAAUGGGCUAUGUCUUCAACCUUGGCCAUGGCGGGCGACAGUGCAUGAACACAUCUUCCGACCCUAGGGAUAUGGUCAUCAUCCAUGAGCACGGAUUGAUGGACCUCCCGGUCCUGUUCUGCCAGUGCGGUUCCGCGCGCCCCCCGGCUGCUCAACUCAUCGCUUCCGGACUUUGGCCUGCUACUUGGGAGCGUCCUGGUACGGCCACCACACUGAACGCCCUAGAAGCCUACCACAAUCUGAGCCAUGUCGCCCAGACGAGCAUGUACGACUUCAUCAAUCAUCUGAAAGACAUGACCGAUGAUACCACCCCCAGCGACGCUCAGGAUCGAUAUCGGGAGUUCAAGACGACGAUGCGACAGUAUACGUACAUCCAACAGUGUCGACGUGCGGGUGUGCGGCCAGCACGCGAAUUGCCCCGAAGGAGUUUGAUUGUACUAUGCCCUGCGUGUCCACAGCCCGGAAUCAACAUGAGGGAGAGGUGGAAGGAAAGAGACGAAGUGCACAGUUAUCUGGAUGCGCUCCACUAUUCCAUCGACGGCAACUUCCACCUCAACAUGAAGAAGAAAGACACAGACCCUGACGACUUCGCGUACUCGAUGGGCGCGGGGUACUUCGUCCACGAACGAGAUUUUCAACACUUCCUAAGGAAGGUCCCGCCCCCGAUCAAUGAGUCAUCGACGUGCAAUCAGUUCGGCGCGAUGGCCAACGGCAAGUACACCGGGAAAGUAACCGGCGUCAUCGGCAUUUCCUGUCGGCACAUGUUCAUGUUGCCCGGCGGCGUAGUUGAUCUUCAUUUUGCUGAACGGUACCUUUACGUCGACUUCUGUCUGGUGUCGGCUCUCUCGCACUACAGGGAACUUGGGCUGCUGUAUGGGACCUACGACAUACAUUGCCAGUAUAUCAAGAACCUCCGCACACGUCUGUACGAGGAAUUCAACAAGGUCGCGCACGAGCUCGAGUCAAUCGAUUCCGCGGAGCUUCCCAUCAUCAGGGCGGCGGUCGGCAAGUAUCAUCUCGCCAUGCAUACCGGUGACUGUCGACACAAGCACUCCCUCCAUUUCAUGCCAGGCGCAUGCAUGACGGAUGGGGAGACGUUAGAGCGGAUGUGGGCGAUCCUCAACGCGCUCGCGAGACGCACGAAGGAGAUGUCCGCCGGGCACCGACACGACGUGCUAAACGACACCUACGCGGACAUGAACACUCGACGAUUGCAGGGUUUAGUUUAUGAACUUGUAGACAAGCACAACACGGCGGAAGAGUUAUUUGAAGAAGCCCAAGCGUAUCUAUCGGAGUUGGAGCAAAGCAUCGCUCCAGAGAAGGUAGAUAGAUGGCGUCAAGAAGAGGCCGAAUGGCAGCGUAAGGUCGUGGACGUCAGGCAGCACAAAGGGCUCGACAACCCGUUCGAGCCGCCCGAGGAAACAGCUUUGACGACACAGGCGAUCGCUGAGCACCUAGAGCAAAUGCACGGAGCGGCAGGCGAACGCGAGGCGGUGGGUAUGCUGGGAGCAAUGGAGGAGGUUUUGCGCCUCAACUCCACGCGCGAAAAUCUCCGUCACGAGAUCCAAACGUCGUCCCGCACGGAGAAGGAUAGGCGCAAAUUAACGACACAACUCGAGGCGUUCGUCAAACAGGCAGCCGGCUGUCAAGAGAUGCAUGCACGCUACUUGCAACCGUGCAUCUCCGCCGCGAUCCAAAGCAUAUCCGCCACGGGUCACCCAAGCACCUUCCCGAGGCGUGACCCCGUCGACGAUGUCGCGUGCGGCAUUACAGCUGGCACGCCCGUGGAUUCCGAUGAUCCCGCGACGCAGUUCCUUCUACCGUCCGACUAUCACAGCCACAUCCGAGGCGCCACCUCUAUGACAGAACUCGUCAACUUCGAGCGCGAGCUCAGGCGCGGUCAAGCCAAUGAAGCUCUAGACGACCUCCGGCUGCACUUGACGACAUAUCUAUCUCUCGAAGACCGCAAACGGCAGGUCUCUGGUGUCAUUCGGAAUACGGCGUGGGACCGACGACUGACGAAGAAGACAGCCGCCAUAAACGCUGCGAAGAAGGAAUACAGGCAGGUCAGGCAGACACUGCGUAUUCUAGGUAUGCCCGAAGACGACGAGCACCUCCAGCCUCUAGAAGAUAAGGACUGCAAGCCUUUCGUGAUCGUCGUAGAAGAACAACAGCACAGCGACAGCAAGCGAAAGCCCACCUGGAUUUGGGGUAACUUUGCAUAUAUCGACCAGAUUGAACCGGGGGAGAUAAAGAACUAUCUCGAAGAUUGUGCCCGGGUACAUUGGUUUCAACAGAGCGCACGCAAACAACGAUGGGAGGAAGAGUGCUAUGUGCGCAGAGAGGAGAUGUUCCGUACUAGGAAGACGUACCACCACUAUCGUCAGAUGUGGAGAAAACGAGCGGUGGGGCAUGCGAUCCAUGGCAAGGGCGGCGCCGCCGCCUACGCGCGCAGGCAAGCAGCUCAGUGGGAACGCAGACUCGACGCCGCGCAUCGACACUUCCCCGCGAUCAUCGAUGUGGUUAGUCCGUUAUAG